AUGUUCACAGUAACGGCGUUCCGCACCAUGUUCUUGGUUGUCUUCGUAGUUUUUGGUGAGUUUAUGAGCUAUGACAUUCAAAAUAAUUCUCAAACAAAACCUUGAACAAAGUUUAUAGAGGUUUUAGUCAUAAAACUGCAUCAUACUAUGCAAAAAUCAGCGAAGAUUUCAAUUUAGGGCUAAAAUACGAUGACUUUUUGUCUGAAGCAUCUUUCUUAAUAAUCCAUUGAGUUCACAAUGUGAGCGUCAAGUCAUAAUGUCACUUUGCUUUGCCCUUUUACCUUUUUUUUACCUAAAUUCCUUGAUUUAUUUGCUCUCUGCAAAAUUUCGGAUUCAAUUCCGCACGAUGCCUGAAGCCCUGAGGGACAUUGCUUAAACUAUGAAUUCAAGAUACGUAGAAACAGUUAAGAAAGUGAAAACCUGUCACAUGUUGUAAACAAGUCUAUUUAUGUAGAUUACGUUUAAGAACGAAAUGUAAUUAAAUUACGGUUUAACAAGGGGGUUUUUUUGCAUCGAAAAUAAGAUGUAUACUGUAAAGGAGGGCAAUUUCUAUGGGAUAUCGUAUUGGGAGAAUGUGAAUAGUAACUAAAAUUAAGGAAAAAUCAUGUUUUUUAGAGGCUUCUCUAUAUUAUUAUCUAUGACAAUACUGCAAACUCUUGAUGAAUUGGACACUAUAUCCAGCCGAAACUCAGACUAUGAAACCUCUAAAACUCCCAAAUUUCAGUGUGCAUCAGCUUCUCGUCAGCACUCCCCGCGCCCGCUGGCUACGGCUACGAUUUGGCCCCAUCGGCCUUCGAGUUCCCGCAGUUGAAUAUGGCCAAGAAAUGGAGCCGACUGGAGCCCUCCAUCCGCUUCUUCAAACGCUCCCAAUUUGACUCGGACUUUGACAAUUAA